AUGUUGAAAGAAUUUUUAGGGACUAAUUAUUGCUCUCAUCGUUAUUUUACAGAUGAAGACGGCAGUUAUAUUUUAACUGACUUUAUGAAUCGACAUUCUGCACGAAAUGGAGGCCCAGAAUUUGUGUUCGAUACAUUUUAUUCUAACUUUAUAAAUUUUCAUAAAAAUAAACAAUGUAUCGAUUCAUAUUGUAGUUUUACUGCCAAACACAAACAGAAUCUUAAAAAAUAUGAUUUUCGUGUCACUAAAGAUAAUAAAACAAGAUAUGUGUUCUCUAUCGAUUUAGAGCAACUUGAUUGUUUUGAUUUUAUAAAGAAAAAGAUAAAAUUAUUGUAUAAUGACAACUGA